GACUCCAGCCUAUCGCUUCUGAACACUGAAGGCAAUGGUCGUGGUUAGAGUCCUGCUUCACGAGGGACACUUUUACACUGUUCGAAGCAAGGAAAAGGCUCGUGGCUGAAAUGAACCAGACCCCACAGGCUCUCGCCGUGGAUUAAAUCGGAAACUUUUAUGAUGGAGGCGGGAAAGUAGCGCAAGAGCCAGCACGCAAACCACCGUCGCCAACGGACCUUGUACUGCAAAGCAACUCCUCGUAGAUGCACGGCUACUGCUGAAAAAUAUGCUCCAGCCGAGCCGCCUCAGCCCCGGCUUCAGUCGCAAAUUCCCCGUCUUUUAAGCAGUUUUCUGAGACAUUCGCCUGCAUUCGCUGGUUUAGCCCCCCCGUGCUUCUUACCUGUGAAGUUCGCCGUCCAAGUCUUCGCCUCACCUGCAAGAGAGAAUGGCUGGGAAGCUGACAGCAGCGCAAGGCACAGGAAUACUGCUGGUGACAGCCAACGUUGGAUCCCUCUUCGAGGAUCCGGAAAACCUACAGAAAACAUGGCUGAGGGAGUUAUACCAGACAGUUCAGUCGCAUAAGCCUCAUUUCUUAGCUGUGCACUGUCAAGAAGUGGGUGGGAAGAACUACGAGGCAUCCAUGUCACACGUGGAUAGUUUUGUCAGAGAGCUAUUGUCCAGUGAUGCUAUGAAGGAGUACAGCAGAGCUCGCGUCUACCUCGAUGAGAACUACAAGUCCCAGGAGCACUUCACUGCUCUGGGAAGUUUCUACUUCAUUCACGAAUCUUUGAAAAACAUCCAACAGUUUGAUUUCAAAGCAAAGAAAUUCCGGAAGGUGGUAGGGAAGGAGACCUGCUCCGAGAUGCUAGAAUGCACACCCAUGCUGGAGAAGGAGAAGUUUCCUCAGGACUACUUUCCUGAGUGCAAGUGGUCCAGAAAGGGAUUCAUCAGAACACGAUGGGCCCUGCCUGACUGUUGUUUUGACCUGGUAAACAUCCACCUAUUCCACGAUGCUUCCAAUCUGGUGGCCUGGGAGAAGAGUCCUUCCAUCUACUCCGGAACCAGGCAGAAGGCGCUGGGCUACGUUUUAGACAGGAUCACGGACCAGCGGUAUGAAAAGUUGCCAUAUUUCGUCUUCGGGGAUUUUAACUUCAGGUUGGACUCAAAGCAGGUUAUUGAGAGUCUCUGCCCCACCACCACCAUGCAGACAGUCAGAACCACCGACACCAAUGAAGUCGACAAGUUAAUAUUCAGAGAAAGUGAUAACGACCGAAAGGUUGUUCUUCAGCUUGAAAAGAAGCUUUUUAGUUAUGUCAACCAAGACGUUUUCCGGGAAAACAAUGGGACCUCGCUUUUAGAGUUCGACAAAGAACUGUCAGUGUUCAAGGAUCGACUGCACGAAUUGGAAAUCUCAUUCCCACCCAGUUACCCAUACAGCGAAGACAGCAAUCAGGGGAAGCAGUACAUGAACACCAGAUGCCCUGCCUGGUGUGACCGAAUCCUCAUGUCUUCAUCUGCCAGAGACCUGGUCCUAAAGCCAGAAAAUGAGGAGAAGUCUCUAAUCUAUGAUAACAUCGGGCCCAGCGUCUGCAUGGGGGACCACAAGCCUGUCUUCCUGUCCUUCCGAGUAGCAGCGGGGGCAGGUAAACCUAAUGCAAAUAAGCGCAAGUGUUGUGUGGUGCAGUGAUGUCGUGGGAACUGUUGCCAAAGGGGGGAGAAUAUAUUCUGUGAAGCGCCUCUGUGAAAACACAAGGACAGAGAGACACACACACACACACACACACACACACACCUACACACACACACACAUACACUUUGCACAAGCGUACACUGAAGAAGAACCUAUACAAACUUUCCAGCAGUGCUGACCAGUCGUCCUCUCACCUCAUUCAACUCAAACUCCCCUAUUUUUUUUUCCCUCCCCCUCUCCAUAAAACACUUGUUGAAAUGUGGACCAGCACCCGAGAGCGAGGGCCCGGCUCCAGACAAGACACACAUCGCUGACCUCACCGUUGCCAUGCAACCCUGCCCCCCCCCACCUUCCCAAGCCCUCCACUCGGAGAAAGCAAAAUGAACAGGAUGGACGGACGGGAUGGGCCUUGAAACUCUAAUCUACAAAAAAAAAAAACAACAACAAAGUCCUGCUAGACAUCCUUUACCUUGUCCACACAGUAUGUAAGGUGUUUUCAAGACAAAUACGUGCAAUGCAAAACAAGUUGUGUGUCUAUAUUGUUAGGGUUAUUUGUGUAACAUGAGGGUUGUCACCGCUUUUACUGCUCUUCUCUUGAUUUCAGCCAUUUAUAUAUAAAAGUAUAUAUAUAUAUAUAUAUGUGUGUGUGUGUGUGUGUGUGUGUGUGUGCGUGUGUGGGAGAUGUUUUUGUUUUUUUGUUUUUUUUUUGCCUGAUACUUCAUUUCAGUCCCAUUUUAUAUGCUGUACUUUUUAAAGAUAAUUUAUAAUUCUUCUUACCAAAAUGCUGGAGUGUGUUUGGGAGAUCCUCGCAGCCAUGAUGACCUUUGGGUCGAGAAAGCGUCCAGCCACGGUGAUUUAUCGCCUCGCCAAGAAUGUUUUAAGCCGUGCCAUAGACCGUGAAAAGUGCAUAAGAUUUCAUAUACGUAGAGCACCCUCACCUUAUUCUUUAACUUAUUUCUACUUAAUAACAUUAUGGUUCUGAAUGUCAUGUUUUAGAUAGGCAUGGGUAUCCUUUCAAAUAUCUUCUUUUUGCCAAUUUUGUUACUGCAUUAUGGUGCCAAGUAUACAGAAAUGAAGUGUGACAAUGAUAAAGGUGUGUUUAAAACAAACAAAAAAAAACAACUCUAAGAGAAUUUGCUUUUAUUUGCGUUCCAUGUAGCCUGCAACAGCCUUUAGUGGAGAAAAAAAAAAGAAAAAAGUAUUGUCCAUGGAUGGAAAAGGCUGUUUUUGUUUUUAUGGAUUGAAUUUACAACACUAUUGUUUUGCAUUGAAAUCACAGCUUAAUGAUUUUGUGCCUGCUGCAGAAUUGAUGUUUUUUGUGUGUGAUUUGGAUUGUUAAAAACAAAACAGUUAUUUUUUUUCUUGUUCCUGCUGCUCAGUGUGAGUUGACUUUAGGAAUAUAAGCCGCAGUUUUCCUUCACUCCAUCUUCUAAAAAGCAAAUAGAGAUUUUAUUCUAUAGCCUCUGUGGGCGGCCUGGCCUACAGGUGAUGCAGUUGUCAAGCAAUAAACAACAUUAGAACUCAA